GUGUGUGUGUGUGUGUCUCACCUCUGGGUGACUCUCCGCUCCGCCGCCACAUUGCCUCUGGUGCCCCGGAGCCGCAGCGCGGAGCCGAGCGGAGCGCAGCCGAGCGGAGCGCAGUGCAGGUGGGUCCGGAGCCGCUCAGGCCGCCGCUGCCUGGAGGUUCUGCGGGUCGGGAGCCGCUAGCCCCGCCGGAGAGGAGCUAGCAGGGUCAGGGCAGCGGAAACACACUUUACUCUAAAACCUUACGACACAGCUCUCCUACAGUAACUUACUGCCGUACAUUUACACCGUGUCAGCACUUUACUCUUUACUUUACUUUACUUUACUUUACUUUACUGUAUUUCUCUCCGCGGUGCUGUUACGGUGGCUAACGCUCCGGCAGGAAGUUUGUCCAGCGGCUGUUCCUGUAUUCGCCUGCGGGUCGGCUGUAAUAUUUGUUUAGUAUUCUUCUGAAAAUGAUUUUAAAGGAUUAGCACGGGAUUAAACCCCCGCAGGACACCAAAUCAUCCCGCUCCUCAUUAAUUAGCAUGUCAUUAAUGUAGGAAGGUCUAAUCAGCCGCAGUUAGACGGGAGUGCGCCGUGACACGUGGGGUCCUGUACAGUCACAGCAGAUCCUCAUGUUGUGUCUCAGCUGUGACCUUGUCCUCCUCUGGGAACUCACAUAUUCCCCAAAAUAAUCCGGCAGGGGUGUGUGUGUGUGUGUGUGUGUGUGUGUGUGUGUGUGUGUGUGGGAUUGUGGGGUGUUCUGGCUGUCCUGUUGGGACUGUGCUGUUUGGGUUGUAACCUGCUAUCAUUGUAUUAUAGGAUUACAGCAGUACUUGUUCAUCAGGAGGGGGGCCGUGGCUGGAUGUUUCUGUCCCAAGCAGGGGGGUGAAGCCAUGUUCAGACUCCUGAGUCAGCACAGCAGGAGGACGCGGCGCUGCCUGGACGGCCAGCGGCGCUAUGAGCACCACAAGAGCGUCAUCGCCAUCCGGCGGGAGGACAUCAACCCCUGGGAGCGCCGGGCGCCGCUCGCCCCGCGUCACGUCAAGGAGCUGACCAACGCCGGCCACAAGGUGCUGGUGCAGCCGUCCAACAGGAGAGCCAUCCAUGAGAAGUUCUACGAGAAAGCGGGCGCCGUCAUUCAGGAGGACAUCUCAGAGGCUUCGCUCAUCGUCGGCGUGAAGAGGAUGCCCGAGGAGAAGGUCAUUCCCAGGAAGACGUACGCCUUCUUCUCCCACACCAUCAAGGCUCAGGAGGCCAACAUGGGCCUGCUGGACGACCUGCUGAAAAAGGAAGUGCGUCUCAUCGACUAUGAAAAGAUGGUCGAUGCUAACGGCUACAGGAUCGUGGCUUUUGGCCAGUGGGCCGGCGUCGCAGGAAUGAUUAACAUUUUGCACGGUUUGGGACUGCGCUUCCUGGCUCUUGGACAUCACACUCCUUUCAUGCACAUCGGCAUGGCUCACAACUACAGGAACGUCAGCCAGGCCAUCCAGGCAGUGAGGGAUUGUGGGUAUGAAAUCUCCAUCGGACUCAUGCCCAAGUCCAUCGGCCCUGUGACGUUUUGUUUCACCGGCACGGGCAACGUCUCCAAGGGAGCCCAGGACAUCAUCAACGAGCUUCCAGUCGAGUACGUGGAGCCUCAUGAGCUGAAGGACGUCUGCGAGGCUGGAGACAUGACCAAAGUGUACGCCACCGUCCUGAGCCGACAUCACCACCUGAUGAGGAAGAGCGACGGCAUUUACGACCCCAUGGAGUACGAGAACCACCCGGAGCUGUACACGUCGCACUUCAGGACCAGCGUGGCCCCGUACACGACGUGCCUGAUCAAUGGGAUUUACUGGGACCCCCACACCCCCCGCCUGCUGCGGAGGCUGGACGCCCAGAAGCUGAUGAAACCUGUCAAGUCCUCGUUUGCAGGAACCGAGGGCUGGCCGACACUGCCACACAGACUUUUAGCCAUCUGUGACAUUUCUGCCGACGCUGGAGGCUCGAUAGAGUUUAUGAACGAGUGCACCACCAUCGAUAAGCCUUUCUGCAUGUACGAUGCCGACCAGCACAUCGAUCAUGACAGCGUGGAGGGAAACGGGAUCCUCAUGUGUUCGAUUGACAACCUGCCGGCCCAGCUGCCCAUCGAGGCCACCGAGUAUUUUGGAGACAGGCUGUUCCCGUACAUCUGGGAGAUGCUGCCGUCAGACGCCACCAGGCCGCUGGAGGAGGAAGACUUCAGCCCGCAAGUCCGAGACGCUGUGAUUACAUCAAACGGAAAGCUGACCCCAAAGUUUGAAUACAUCGAAAAACUUCGGGAAAAAAGAUUACGAGACAGGGAGCAGGCCCAGAUCCUGAAGAAAGCCGGGAUGAAGCGCGUUCUGCUGCUCGGGUCCGGCUACGUGUCCGAACCCGUCAUCGAGUACCUGACCCGCGACGAGGGAACCCAGGUCACCGUGGCGUCGGUGAUACUGAAGCAGGCGGAGGAGCUGGCGGCCAAAUAUCCGAACACCAUCCCCAUCAUGCUGGACGUCAGCAGCCAGGAGGGACACCUGGACUCUCUGAUCAAGGAGCACGAGCUCGUCAUCAGCAUGCUGCCGUACAGUUUCCACCCGCUCAUUGCCAAGCACUGCAUCAACAGGAAGGUGAACAUGGUGACGGCCAGCUACCUUAGUCCUGACAUGAAGCAGCUGCAGCACAGUGCUGAGCAGGCGGGCAUCACCAUCGUGAAUGAGAUGGGACUGGAUCCUGGCAUCGACCACAUGCUGGCUAUGGAGUGUAUCGACCAAGCCAAGGCCGACGGCUGCACUGUGGAGUCGUACAGCUCGUUCUGCGGCGGCCUUCCUGCCCCGGAGUGCUCCGACAAUCCUCUGCGCUACAAGUUCAGCUGGAGUCCGUACGGCGUUCUGCUCAACACCAUCAGCCCCGCCGUCUUCCUCAGGAACGGCCAGGUGGAGAGCAUCCCGGCCGGUGGCUCUCUGAUGGACUCGGCGGCAGCGAUGGACUUCCUGCCUGGUUUCAGUCUGGAAGGAUUCCCGAACCGCGACAGCACCAAGUACGCCGAGCCGUACGGCAUCCAGACCGCACACACACUCAUCCGAGGCACGCUGCGCUUCAAGGGCUUCACCAAGGCCUGCAGCGGGUUUGUGCAGCUGGGCCUGAUCGACGCGCAGCCCUGCGGCCUGCUGCAGCAGAGCUCGGCCGCCGUCUCCUGGAAACAACUGCUCUGCAGGCAGAUGGGCCUUCCUGACUCCGUUUCCCAGGAUGCCUUUGAGCAGGCCGUGUACGAGCGCGUCGGCAAGGACGACUUCAGGAUGGACUCGCUCAGAUGGCUGGAGAUGCUGGGCGAGGAGGCGGUGCCCCGGGCCGACAGCGUCCUGGCUGCUCUGGCCAAACACCUGGAGGCCAAGCUCACCUUCGAGAGCGGUGAGCGGGAUAUGAUCAUCAUGAGGAACGAUGUGGGUCUCCGCCACCCGACCGGCGAGCUGGAGACCAAACACAUCAGCUUGGUGGUUUACGGCGACAACGGCGGUUUCUCCGCCAUGGCCAAGACCGUCGGCUACCCAGCAGCCAUUGCUGCACGCAUGCUGCUCGACGGAGAGAUCAGCACCAAGGGCCUGGUGGUGCCCAUGACCAGAGACGUGUACGGCCCGGCGCUGAGGCGGCUGAAGGACGAGGGCCUGCAGUUCGUGACGAAGAGCACGCUGCAGGAGUAGAGCCGCCCGCCGCCCGCCGCCUGCCGGGACGCUCACCGCCGGGAAGCUCACCGCCGGGAAGCUCACUGCCAAGCCGCGACACCACGACCCCUCACAUCCUCACGCUGCCAGCCGCCUUCUCACCGGGUCAGGGCCGGUCUCCCAGGCGGGGAUUAGAUCACAACUGGACUAGGCUUAAAUCCAGAAUAAUAACUAAUCAUCAGGUGGCUUUCUGAGACACAUUUUAACUUCAGAUCAGUCACGCCUGGACCACAGAGUCCAGACUGAGAAUCCAUCAGAUGUUCAGUGAGACGCAUCUUUGUUUUGGUGUUUUGCGCUCAGUGUAGUCGCUGACGCUGCGCUGUAACACACUACAUGAGUUUAUAACACAUAUCACACACAUCACAUACGAAGGAGUUUUCCAGGGAAACAGCUCCCUACCCCCGUAACGGUUUACAUUAGCAGACGAUAAAGCUUUCAUGAACCAGAUCACUGUUUUACAGAAUCUGAGGAUAUCAAAAUGAUCAUUUAUUGAUGGAAAAGUGUUGUGGAUUAUUACUUUAAUUGUAAAAUCUGGCUGGGCUCAUAAAACCUGGACAAGGUCUGGAAUCUGAAGUCCAACACUUUGACUUGGAUAUCAGAUCAUUUCAAUCCAGAUCAGAAGAUCAGUCCAGGAAUAUUUCAGUUCAUGACCCAGAAGGUGAACUGGACUUACUCCAGUUCAAAAGGCUGUUACUUUAGUUUCAGGUUUAAUCCCCUCGCUGGGAAACCGGCCCUCAGCGGAUCCUCAGCUGGACGGAGACGACCGCUCGGAGAUCUGUGGCUGACCAACGCCGUUUUGUGUCUGAUUAUCAUUAUUGUCAUUAUUAUUAUUAUUUUUUUUUUUAAAUAUGUAGAGCAACACAACAAGCUGCCAGUCAGAAUCCUGUUCAGUAAUCAGUGACCAGAGUCAUGAUUUCAGUGGCCGGGAGGAGUAAAUCAGGCAAAAACCAACAAAUUUAAAUGCUAUCGUUCAAAACGUUAGCAGCCACUUUGGCAGAUGAUCCACCAAACCCGACGUUUCCCGCUCAUUUUCCACCCGGCAGAUCAUUUCAUUUAUUUUUUCCGGUGUUUAGUCACAGGUGAUGCUGAAAAGGCUCGAUCGCUCACCAGUGCCAAUCUGAAAAGGUGUUGAUGAAGAGUUUGAAAGGUUGACUGAAAAAAAAUUUCGAGCAGCACAGAACAAAAGUUCCUGUACGAUCAAACAGGCAGGGUAUGACGUUUAUACGUUUGAAGCAUUAGAUGUAAAACGCAUUAACAGGGUUGCUUCCAGAAUCCACAGAGAUUUGAAGGACUUUUACUCUGAAAACUGUGGAUCAACUACAGACAAAUAUAAGAGAGCUUUUUCUUUCCGUUUUUAAAUAUCUUCUAUUUCACUAGAAAAAUGAAAAAAGUUAAUAAGUGAAGAACAAUAAAGAUGCACAGAGUUUUUAUGAACCUGGUUCUCUUGCACUUUACCAGCGACGGUGACGCACAGCCGACACUCAGAGCAGCUUUCAGGUUUUAAACCAGAAACGAAAACAGAAAAAUGCGAUUUCAAUCAGUUCAUUUUAGUUUUAAUGUCACUGGGAAUGUUGACCCUGAGGUUUUUGGAAGCGAAGCGACCUGUGGACCUGGAGGAGGUGCAGCUCCUCAGGAAGCUGAUGCCUCACUCUGUCACGAAAGAAGCACAGAAUCUGAAAAGUAUUUCAAUUUUUGACUUGAAGUUUUUUCUUAUCAGCUUGAAAAGUGUCUAUUUCUGAUUUGUGUCGGGGGGAAAAAACCCAGAAGCACUUAACCAAGACGAACCCAGUUCUAUUGUUCACCCGAAAAAAAUGUCUGAAAACAGAUGGAGGAUGAACAAUAAAAACCAAUCAGCAGCUCCGUUUGUCUGCGUUCAGCCUCGCCUCGCGGUUUGGGUUCACACCACGAGAGGUCAGUGAUCUGCUUUCAAACACAGCUUCAUAACUUCAGGAAAUUAAAACUGUAAUUUGACACUGCACUUUUCUAAAAUCCAGGCGGCCUGACCAGCUAAAAGAACCAUGAAAACGUGAGACACCGGUGGCCUGGACUCAGAAAACAGAAUAAAAGCAGAGUCUGAAGAAGAUUUCUAAACAAGGAACGCUAAAUUUGACAGCAUAUUAGGGCAAAGAAAACUAAAUAUGGAGCCAGAGGAGUGGGGGUUAAUACUCCAAGAAAAAAACUUCUCACUCUCAGAUUAUUAAGUCCCAAAUUUACAAGAAAAAAACUCUGAAAGCUGUUUUUUCUUGUACUCUGGGUUGCAGUCAGAAGGAAAUCCCAACCGCCUGCUUCGACUUCAGAAACAGAAACUGAACCGUGAGGCGGCGCUGACGUCCAGGCAGAGAUCAUCUGUACAAAAAAGUCCACCGCCGUGAUCGUGAACCUCCAGGGGGCGACGCAGAGCACCAAAACAGAGUCAAACGAACAGCAGAUUUUUAGAAAAUUUGCUCCAUAAAUGAUAAAACGAGCCGAGAGACGCCGGGGAAGAAGAUCCAUGUUUCUUUGAGCUCAGACGAAUGAAAUCUGCGGUCGUUCAGGAACAAAAAAAAAAAAAAUUUUAUGGACUCAAACGCAGCGAUCAGUUCAUAGCAUUUAGCCGCAGUGACUGCCAUGUGUUCCAGGUGCUCAGCGCUGCCCCCGGUGGACAGGAGGCGGUAUUUGAUUCGUAUUUAUUAUCAGCCGUAUUUAUUUGAUUUUUCGGCUCUCCUGAACGGUUUGCUGCAUGCUUUAAACCCCCCCCCCCCAAAAAAAAAAAGAUGAGAGACUUCACAUUGACCUGUAAUACUGUAUGUGUUUUAGAUGCUCCAUGUGUGUGUGUGUGUGUGCUCUGACGUGGUGUUUCCUCCUGGAGCGGCUGAAGGUGAAAAGGCUGUGAGUCUGAUGGAGACGUUUCACCUCCUCCGCUGUUUUUUUUUUUUUUUUUUUUGUGUUUUCCUCUGCUCAGCUGUUCUUCCUGUACUCACCUUUUUGUACAUCAAGAGAAUUAAAGGAAAUCGUUUUGUUUGAUGA